AAUUCAAUGGCGAAUGGGCUUCAGUUAUACGUAUCUGAAAAGUGUCAAGAAUUAAAAGGCUGUGAAGUGACUAUUGAGUUUUGUAAGCGAAUGAACGACUUGUUCGACGCUCUAAAUCGGAAAGUUCCGAAUCAAAGAGUUACUUCUAAUUCUUACGAUUUCCAGGUUCUGCGAAGUUCAAUACAAUGGCUGAACGACUGGGAGACCGCUCAAAUUAUGGGGGAAAUUAACGAGCAUGAGUUUUUGACUCAGGAGACCGCAAGAGGUCUUCGUUUGUCACUCCAAUCUACGAUGAACUUAUGUCAGUAUUUGGAGGCGCGCUACGAUUUCAAAUAUCUAUUAACUGGGAAAGUGAACUAGGACAACUUGGAGAACUUUUUCGGCACCAUCCGCCAAGCGGCGGGUUGUAAUGACCAUCCGACUUGUCCGACUUUUCUGCACAUAUACAAAUUACUUUCGAUAUAUAGUAUUUUGAAGCCGCCGAAGUACGGAAAUUGUACUGUAUCUGAACCUGAGCAAAAGAUACUAAUUACAGUAAAUGACCUCAAAGAGAUAAGCGGAAAACCGGAAU